AAGUUAAACUCCGCUCACACGCGCGGAUCUGUAACCACAUCGAACCAACCCUCACACCCACCCUGCACGUCCAGUCCGCCCGGCUCGGCUCAGUUCGGCUCAGCUCGGUUCGGCUCGGCUCGGUUCGGUUCGGUUCAGCUCGGCUCGGCACCGUCCACAGCAACAUGCAGGAUGGCGAGCAUGGAGACAGCCGCCGAACAUGAACGCAUCUUGCGGGAGAUAGAGAGCACAGACUCCAACUGUAUCGGACCGACUCUCCGGUCGGUGUACGAUGGACAGGAACAUGGCCUCUUCGUGGAGAAGCUGGACAUGCGGAUCCGCAACCACGACAGGGAGAUCGAGAAGAUGUGCAACCAUCACUUCCAGGGGUUCGUCGACUCCAUCACAGAGCUGCUCAAAGUACGAGGGGAGGCACAGAAGCUGAAGAGUCAGGUGACUGAGACCAACAGGCAUCUUCAGGAUGACGGCAGAGAGCUCAUCAGCUCCAUGGAGGAGCUGAAACAGUGUCGAGUCCAACAGAGGAACAUCGCCACCACCAUCGACAAACUGACGCACUGCCUCCCAGUCCUGGAGAUGUACAGCAGACUUCAGGAGCAGAUGAGAGCGAGAAGGUACUACCCGGCGCUGCGGACAUUGGAGCAGCUGGAGCUGACGUGUCUUCCCCGGGCGGGUCAGUACCGGUUCUGCUCCAUCAUGGCAGAAAACAUCCCCAAACUGAGGACUCAGAUCCGGGACAGUGCCAUGACGCAGCUGAGGGACUUCCUGGAGAGCAUCCGGAAACACUCCGACAAGAUCGGAGAGACUGCCAUCAGACAG